AUGUUCAUAUAUGCACUUUUCUCAGGCGCUGAUACUUUCCUGCUCAAGUUCGAAAUCGAUAUACCUGAAGCGUCGCAGGAACAGCCUGAGCCCUUCAGGGUCACUACGUUCGAAUCAUCAGAUCGAUCCCUACACGAGAUUCUUCCUAACUACAUUCCUUUUGGACCGACAUCCCCUUCCGUCAAGCGAUUCAACCCUCGUAAGGUACCCUGCCUACAGCCUCUAGCAGUCUUUACGAAAACAGCCCACCAGAGUGCAAAUCAGAAUGAGCGGUUGAUGCAUCUUCAUUUUGUCAAAGCCAAAGACCUAACUUUGAUGUGCGUCGCAUGGCAGCAUGUCGUACUCGAUGCACCCGCUCUAAGACUCAUAGUUGACGAGUGGGAAUGCCGUCUCGCCAAGGACAGUCACAUGCGCACGCAUGGUCCGGAUAAGCAUAGAGCAGAGACAGAGGGACUCAAAAGCAGACCCAACUUGGAUGAAUUGACCAGUACCCUUCAGAAAAGUCCCACCCCUUCCCUUCCGGGAUGGGCAGCCGUCACUCUUUGGGGUGGAUUGAAGUUGAAACUACUCUCUAAGAUUUAUAGUCUUCGUUAUCCGCGGACAUUUGGAACGGCGUACAUGCCCCCAAAUCUUGUUGCGGCACUGGUUAUGCGGGUAAAAUCGAAUGCAGGACCAGGAGUAGUACUCUCGAGAAAUGACAUCGUAGCUAGCUGGUUUUACAAGGCAACAUGCGAAAUCUAUCCCCCAAGAACAGCUACGACCUUAUCUAGAGCUGUGAAUCUACGUGGCAAGCAUGCUCUUAUCUCGCCCAGUGUAUCAGGCAACGCUUUAGGCCUGGCCGUCAUGCCGAGUGUUCAAUCCGGCGCACUUCAGCAAACGUCACUCAAGAAUCUGGCACUGGCAACUCGCCGUUCGGUGGAGAAGUUCAAAGAUCCAGACUACGUCUCUAAAUUUAUGGGUUUCAGGAUGAAUUGCGGUAAUACAAACCGCUUUGCAGUUCCAGAAGUGAAGCUCAGCAAUCAGCGAUGUCUCAUCACAUCUUUCGUGAAUCUCGGACUCUCGAAUCCGAAUUUUGGAGAAGGAGUUUCGGUAGAGAGGCCAGUGCAAUUGACCAUGGAGCCGGUUGUGAUAAGAGUUAUUGAUGAUUCUAGAGGCGGUUGGAGUUUCCAUGGGAACUUACCACGCGCAGCUUGGGAUGCUUUGGAGAGAAACAUGAAGCGAGAAAUGAAAGACCUUGACGCCAAAUCCCAACGGAAAGCGAUCGAAACCGGUCUCAAAGGUGCUUAG